AUGGAAGAUCGAAAGGCCACAGUCGCAGUCGUUGGACUAGGUGCUGUCGGUCUGGUCACGGUCAAGAACCUGGUUGAGGAAGGAUUCGACGUGACUGGUUUCGAAUCCAAUAGCUACAUUGGCGGCGUGUGGCACUUUACAGAGCAAAACCAGACUUCUGUGCUGGAAUCAACCAUUGUGAAUAUUUCAAAGGAGCGCGGCUGCUUUACAGACUAUGAGUUUCCAGACUCGGUCCCUUCUCACGCGAGCGCCAUGGACGUUCAGCGGUACCUGGAAAGCUACGCCAAGCAUUUCGAUCUGGAGAAGCGAUUCCGCCUCGGCGUGUCCGUGCAAAAUAUAAAAUACGACGAAUCGGAUAAGAAAUGGGUAUUAAAAUUGGCAGGCGGCGCAUCGGAGCGGUUCGACAAGGUGGUAGUGUCGACGGGACCGACGUCUCAUCCAAAUAUGCCCAAGAUUGAGGGCGUGGAGCGUUUUACGGGCGAAUUCAUUCAUUCGCAGGCUUUUAAAAGACCAGAGCUAUUCAAAGAAAAGCGAGUAUUGUUAGUAGGGUUGGGCAACACGACUGCCGACACCGUCGAGGCGCUGCGCGGGCAUGCGAGCGAAAUCUACAUCUCACACGCCAAAGGCAUCUACAUUCUCCCGCGAACUACCAAAGACGGCAUCCCUUCGGACCACACCUUGACGCUGCGGAAGCUCAAUUUCCUGGCAGCCAUAGACAGACUUUCCCCUACUCUAUUCGACUUUCUGUUCAACAAGAUUGUCGGCAAGCUGCAGCGCGAGCGCUUCACCAUGCAGCCCGAGUGGAGGCUCUCCCCGGCCCUGCCAGUCAAGUUUGGCGGCGUCAUUGUCUCGGACAACCUCGUCACCAACUUUGCCAACGGCGUCGUCACGUCCGUGCCCGCCGUCCAGUCCAUCCUCGACGGCACCACGGUGCAGCUCUGCGACGGCAGCACAAUCUCCGUAGACAGCAUCAUCUGCUGCACCGGCUACCGCAAGGACUUUGGCAUCAUGGACCCGGCCGCGGACCCGACGCGGGACACGCCCGCGAGCUGGUACGCGCUGCCGGGCUCCUACGGGAAGCCGCUGCCCCGCCUCUACCAAAACAUCUUUUCCCUCGACCACCCGGACUCACUCGCCUUCAUGGGCUGCGUGUGGUUCUUUAGCGGCGCGUUUCCGCUCUACGACCUCGCCUCGAUGGCGGUCGCCCAGGUCUGGGCCGGCCGCUCGUCGCUGCCGCCGGCCGCCGAGAUGGCGUCGGCCGUCGACGCGCACCACGAGCUCGUCUGCGCGCGCGCGAGCCAGGGGCCGACGCCGGGAACGUGGGUGCGGCAGAGCGCGUGGGAGCCGUGGGCGCAGGCGACGGCGGGUACAGGGCUGGCCGAGAACCUGGGCUGGGGGUGGAAGGGCUGGGUGUUUUGGUGGCGCAACCGGGCAUACUACAAGCUGCUCGUGGACGGCAUCUACUCGCCGUUUUUGCUGCGCGUGUUUGACGGCGGCAAGAGGAAGAAAUGGGAUGGCGCGAGAGAGGCAAUUGAGAAGCUGAACCGCAAGUAA